AUGUGUAGGCUCAUCCUGACUAACCACUCUCAAACAUGCCAAACUCCGACUCUGGUCCCUGACGAUCAUCUUCGCAUCCUUAACUAAAAUUAUGCACUUCCAUUGCCACUGAUCGACUGCGUUAUCUAGAUCUUGUCUCUUCCCCAUGCCCAUCGGUAUCCGCUUUUGCCUGAAGAUCGCAUCACAAAACGCCAAGCUGAGAAGCUCUUCUUUCCCCAUCAAUUGUCAGCACAACUGCAGGUUUCUAUCUACUAUGGGUAAAAAGAAGGUCAAGGGCGAAUACAAUGACUUCCUCGAUGGCGAAAAACUACGCGACAAUGCCGACGUACGAACUACUCUGCAGGACACCUCAACUCUCGGCCAUGAUGUGUCACCUCAAAUUCGCCAAGAAAGAAAGGGCAAAGGACACACCACGAACAAAUCUGUAUCAAAGAGACCACAGCUGACGCAUUUCCUGUGCCUGCCUCUGGUUGAUGAAGCAAGCCGGCCGCAGCUACAGACUGCCAUAGACAACCUGAAGGAAGAGCUCCGAAGUUCAGGGCUGGUACCCGUGAAGGCUGUUCGGCCAUUGGGCACACUGCAUUUGACAUUGGGUGUCAUGUCUCUUGAUGCGUCACAAUUGAAGCAGGCACAACAAUAUCUGGACAAAAUCGAUCUCAGGCAGCUGCUUCCAGAUGGCCAUUCUUCUGAUUCUGCCGAGAAAAACGCCGGGGGUGGCACAGUCCGCGAAAAUAACACCAUCGAUGCGCUGUCGUCUACCAAUCAUCUGCGCAUCACCCUCGAAGCCCUGGUACCGAUGCAAAAACCCAUGCAGACGAGUAUCUUGUAUGCAGAGCCACGCGAUGCUAGUGGACGGCUACUUUCGUUCGGAAAGGCCUUAAGAAGUAGGUUUGAGCAAGAGGGCUUGAUGGUAGAGGAUAAGAGAGAUAUACGACUGCAUGCUACAAUUAUCAACACCAUAUAUGCGAAGCCCAAGGGUAAGAGUGCGAAAAGCAGAGGUGGUGAUGAGGGAGAAAGGCACGGGGGAAAUCGUAAAGCAUUGAAUGCCAUGCCCACCCCACGCUCCGUCAAUGUCCCACACGACGAUAACGACACGUCAGCAAAAAGUUUGAACAAUGGCGAAGAUUCUAUAACUUCUUCGACCAGUACAGGGGGGGACUACGCACCCCAAACCAAGACUGACAACGUGUUUGACGGCGGGGACGGACAUGGUCCUAAUGCAAAAAGCUGGAUGAGGUUCGACGCACGAGACUUGAUGGACAAAUAUGCCGAAUAUACAUGGGCUAACGAUAUUCCAAUUAACCGCGUGCAAAUCUGCAAAAUGGGCGCGGCUAAAAUUCUGGACGAGGAAGGCGAAAUCAUAGACGAACAAUACGAAGUCGUCGCUGAAAAGUUCAUAUAA